AUGCGUCCGAAGGGAUUAAGCGAAUUGGAAAUUCAAAAAAUUUGCGAAUUCGAUUGGGAAGAUUCAAACGACGAAGAUGAAAAUGAAGGGGAGGAGGAUAAAAUGGAUGUCUUGGAGGCAUUCAUAGAAGAAAGUCUGCAGGACAUAAUACAGCAAGGUGGAAAUAUUGAAGAUGAGCUUAUGAAAAGUACUGUGCUUAAUACAAUACAAAGCGACUUUGAUGAAACAGUCCAACAAAUUUAUGAAAAAAUCGAUUUAAAUAGUUUGAGAUGGAGACAUGCCUCAAAAGGAAAGGAGAUGGACACUGAAUGGAAAAGCCAUGUGACUGCAGGCAUCAUAAAAAGUCCCGUUGAAUAUUUCAAUUCAUUUUUGGAUGAUGACAUUUUCGAAAAGAUAUGCUUGGAAACUAAUAAAUACGCCUUUCAAGAUAAAGGAGUGGAGCUGAAGUGUGAGGUAUGGGAGUUGCGAAGAUAUAUAGGCAUACUGCUCUACCUAGGCGUAGUCAAAAUUCCAACAACGCGUAUGGCAUGGACAAAUAAUUUUAAGUUAUCCGCAGUAUCAGACGCAUUGCCACGGAAUAGAUUUGAAAAAAUAAAAUCAAAUUUUCACAUAAAUGAUAAUUUAAAGCAACCCGGGAAAGGAGAAGAUAACUAUGACAAACUUUAUAAGAUCCGUCCCUUACUAAAUAAAUUAAAAGAGAAGUUUAAUGAAAUAUCCCAAGAGGAAUACCAAAGCUGUGAUGAACAGAUGAUUUCCUUCAAAGGUCAUCAUAGUUUAAAGCAGUACCUCCCUAAAAAGCCGCACAAGUGGGGCUUUAAAAUGUUUUCUAGAGCUGGGGUGUCUGGCAUUAUAUAUGACUUUUGCCUUUACGUUGGAGACGGAACCUGUAAGUCUUAUGGACUUGGACUGUCUUCAGAUAUUGUUUUGCAUUUAGCUUCAAACAUUCCUGAAAAUCAAAAUUUUAAACUAUUUUUUGAUAACUGGUUUACUUCAGUAAGCCUAAUGAUAGCAUUAAAGGAAAGGGGUAUCUUAGCAGUUGGCACUAUUCGCAAUAACCGUCUAAAAAAUGUCAAUCUUCUUAAUGAAAAACAGUUAGCUGACAAAGGCAGGGGAUCUUUUGACAUAAAGGUCGAAGGAACUUAUAACUUGAUCUCGUGUCGCUGGUAUGAUAACAAAUGUGUUCAGCUUCUUUCAAAUUAUAUUGCUGAUACACCAGUUUCUGAAUGCAUGC